CCCUGGUGGGAGCCCAGGGAGCGAAGCCCCCGAAAGCUCCUUGAUUUUAUUGGGCUUGAAAUAUGUCUCCUAUUUAGUCAUUUGUACUAUUUUGUAUCACUUUUAAUAAGGUGAAAUUAAUAAAAUGAAGCAAAUUUUAAGGGUUUUAAAUUUUUUUAAGUUCUCCCAAUAAAGUAAUUCAAGAAAUCGAUCAAAAGAUUUUGCCAUUUAUUUCUCCAGGAGUGGAAGAAAUGAUUGCUUCUUUUAUCGUUUAGUGUAUUUUUCUGAACAAGACACCACGAUUUACCUUAAAUUUGAAAAUUUUAGGAGGGGGGGGGGGGCGCCGGCUGCACCCCUCCCCCAUAAAUCCGCCACUGAUAUCUGCCGAGAAGAUUUUUUAUCAGUUAAGGAUUGGAUCUUUCAUUCUUUAUCUGGAAAAUAUAUCAUGUACAAUACAUUUAGACUGAAAUUCUACUAUUAAAAAUUGAAUUGUUAUAGAUUUGUCAAGUUUAUAAUUAACAUCAAUAAUUACGCCAAGUUUUUCUCCAUUCCUCUUUGAAAUUAUUUUUUAGGUGAGUAUACCAUGUUACAUGCAUGCACUGAUUUCAGCUACGUAGUAAAUCUUUUAUUCAUCCAUUUUCUGUGGGCAGCUGAAUGAUCAUUUCUCUUCCCCCAUGUUCAACGAAAGAGAGAAAUGUCUAUGGAAUGAUUCGUCUAUUUAUAUAUAAGCAUGACUUUCAAAUCGCGUAAUAACCCCUUUUUUGGCGUUAAAUUACGCCUUUUCACUUUGUGUUAUUACGCCUUUUUUCGCGUUAUAUAAUGCCUUUCUAUUUAUUUCCCCCCCAAAGUUUGAUCCUAGUCCGGACCACUGGACCUCGCCCCUCUGGAUCCGCCCUUGGAGUGUAAGGAAGCUUACAGGUUGUUAUAAACCGGUAUCUCCCUGUUGACCUCUCGAGUGUGUAGCACCUGUUAUAUGUUAGAGGGGGUGGGGGAGAGAAAAAGAAAGAAAGAAAGAAUAAAAAGAAAGGGGGAUAGUGUGAAUUAGAGAUCUAGUAAUUAUAAAGUAAAUAUAUAGGCCUAUCUUAUAUUACAAGUCCACAACAGACUCAUAAAAUAUGAACUUGUGCGUUCCGUCAAAAACAGUGUUGCCCUAUUUUUAGAAAGGCUUAAAGGGGAUUUCCAGAAAUAAAUGGCGCUGACCAAGAAAGUUUGUCGUGUUUGGCGAUUAUGUACUCAAGACAUGGGGUAUAGAAUGAAAGGGACGAGUUCAAGACAGUGGAUCCAAAGACAGCAUAAUGACAUCUACGUAAAGAGGGCAAGGGCGGAAAACUGGCGAUGUAGAAGUGCAUUCAAACUUCUAGAAAUAGAUGACAAAUACAAAAUUCUUCAACCCGGACAGCUUGUUAUUGACAUUGGGGCCGCCCCUGGAUCAUGGACACAGGUUGCAUGCCAGAGAACAAAUGCAACAGGUAUAGAUUCAAGCAGACCCAGAGGACGAGUGAUCAGCAUUGACUUGUUGCCCAUUAGCAAAAUACCAGGUGCUGACGUGUUAGACUGUAUGGACUUCACUUCCCAGGAUUGCCAGGAGAAAAUCAUCCUAUUGUCUGAAGGCAAAAAACCAGAUGUGAUGCUCAGUGACAUGGCACCUAAUGCAUCGGGGUUCAAAGAGUUUGACGGAAGACUUCUUGUGUCAUUGGUGUCAAAAGUAUUACAGUUCUCAGUGACUCAGUUAGCGGUGAAUGGCACGGUUCUGGUAAAACUUUGGCAGGGGAGCGGUUGUAGAGAACUAACCACUGUAAUGGAGGAACUCUUUACUUCAGUGAAACUUGUCAAGCCAAAGGCAAGCCGAGAUGAUUCCAGGGAAAUUUAUUUCUUGUGUCAGAAAUUCAAAGGUCUUGAAACUACAGAAUGAGAAAUUGCUUUAGUGAAAACAGACUUUUAAAGACUUAAAUAUUUAUUACACUGUGCAGGGGCAGAUUUAGAAAUAUGUUGAAAAGGUGGGGGAUGGGGUGGUAGUCACCCAUCAGAGAGGAUUUCCCUUGCACUGAAAUUGGAAUAACAGUCCCCAACAUGGAACAAAAUAAGUUAGAUUUUCCAGCCAAAGUAGGAUGUUGCAUUCUCUGUAGCCCCCCCCCCCCCCCCCCCCCCCCCCUCUACUUAGAUCUGCCACUACUGUGUGUUGAAUAUGGUGCUAUAAUAAAAUUUAUCAAUGCCAGCAACAAGGCAUAAAUGUACCUGAUGUAAAUAUGAUGAGUUUUUUUGGCAUUUAUGAUUAUCAAAAAUGUCCAAAGCUAUCGAUACUUUUAAAAAAAAAAUUAUUAACUUUAAGACUUCUACAGUUUUACAAACACUAAAAAUAAUUCGAAUUUUGUUUCACUGAAGUUUAUGAAUUAUUUAUAUAUCUGAACUUUUCAUGAGUCCAUAUUAGAAAUGAAGGGAUAGAAAGUAAUGAUUCACACAAGCAGUCAGAUUGUUGUCAGACUCAUGUUGUGCAAGAUCAUUGUUAACUUGCAUUAGACAUCUGUUGGGAAACAUUCACAACAGUAUAUGCUUUUGGUUGUUGAUAAUUUGCCCAGUACAAAGCGGUGUGUUGAGGAACAGAUCUCUCAAGUGAAACUCAUCAGACACAACAAAGACAGCUGUCCCUUGAACUGUCUGCUUUGAUAUUUUGUAUUGCUAUGCUGAACCAGGUGUUGCUCAUAUUUGAUGAGAAUCCGGAAGGUGAAGCUGCAGAAUGCUUGUUCAUAAAAAAGGCAUGCACAGGUCAUGUGAUGCAUUGUAUUGUAAAGUGUGCAUCUAUGCUUCGUCAGAUACACCUUUCUGCUCAUCGUAAUUAGGCCAAAAAAUAAUAAUUGUGUGAUUCCUUCUUAUACAUGCUUUUGAGAAAUGUAUGCAGUAUUAAACAGGUCUGUAACUCCAGUGGAUAUUUGAUGAUGAAUAAAAAAAAUCAUGCAAGAUACCGUACUGUGAUGCUGAAAUAUUUUGUGUAAAUGUCACUCAAAACUUUUUUAUGUCUUUUAAAAAUUUCCUAGCUGCAUUAUCAACAUUUUGGAGGUAACCAAUGACAGAUGAAUUUAUUAUGAUAAUUGGAUCCUGACCCCUAGCUUUAAAAAAAGUAGGAUUGAGGGAUCGAAAAAUAGGGUAGGUCAGGGAACCAGAACCCCACUUUUUUUCUUUUUUUUUUUAUACGCCUGAUGGCGAGUAGAAAAAUUCAGUCAACUGUGGGUAUCUGAUAAUGUUAUUGAAUAGAACAGAUCCAUAGGGACCUAGGUUCAAAUCCUGGUGUGACCCUCACAUUUUCUCUUUGUUGCAUCAUGGUGCUGUAGACAAAACUUGUCCUGAAUGUAAACUGGGAGAAAACCCAAGGGUAUAGGGUAGUCAAGAUGAGAAAGCAUUUUAGGGAGAGCAAGUUAGAUUGAGUAUGAAUUGCGUAUGAAUUCUUGAUAAAUAUAGUACAACUAUUUUAACGGCAGGUAAUAUUCCAACAGAAAUAAAAGUAAAACGUAAAUAUAAAAAAAAAAUGAAUUUCAUUUCAUUUUUGAAAAUACACAAAGGUUUACACAGCAACACUUCACGCCAGCAUACUUUUGAUGAAGCGCUAGCUGACACUCGAUCUUCAUGAAGUACACUGGUGUAAAGUAUCGCAGUUUAUGUCCUAGCUGCUGUGUUUUCAAAAGUGAAAUUUAUUUCUUAAAAGUAGAUAACUAGGAAUUCUUGGAGACUAAGUUUUAAUCUCUGUCUGCCUUUCUUCUGGUACAAGGAAUCAUGUCUUUCUUCCAAUUUGACAGGUAUUCCACCUCUAUUUAAUAGUGUGCAUUUUCAUUGGAUGAGAGGAAUGUGGUAUGAUUUUGCCUGCUUAUGGAAUAUGAAAUUGAUAUCCACAUUCCACAUGACCUGCCAAAUAUACAUACUAUGUCAGUCUAUGUGAUCUGCUGUUGUUAUGCGAACAAUAGAACAUCACUUAGCUGCCUCUGCAUGAGAAAUGAAAAAUUUUACAGGGAAUAAAUAAGGGAAAAUCUUUAAAAAUAAUCUUCUCAAGAACCUAUGGACUAGGAAAGUACAAAUUUACAUGAAAGUUUCCUUAUAUAGUGAAGAUUCAAGUUUGCUAAAAUCAUGGCCCUUGGGGAUAGGAUAGGCGACAAUAGGGGAUGAAAGUUUAUAAUUUACAUACAAAUAUAUAGGGGAAAAUUGUUAAAAAUCUUCUGAAGAAUCACUAUAGGCCAGUAAAGAUUAGAUUUACAUGAAAGCUUCCUGACAUAUUGCUGAUUCAAGUUUGUUUAAAUCAUGGCCCCCAGGGUAGGAUGGGGUCACAAUAGGGGAUCAAAAUUUUUACAUGCUAAUAUACAUUGUAUAGAGAAAAUCUUUAAAAAUCUUCUUCUCAAGAACCAUUGGGCCAAAGAUGUUUACAUUUACACGAAAGCUUUCUGACAUAGUGCAGAUUCAAGUUUGUAAAAAUCGUCCCCGGGGGUAGGUUGGGGCCACAAUAGGGACCAAAGUUUUACAUGCAAAUACAUUUGGAAAAUCUUUAGAUAUGGGCCAAGGUGACUCAGGUGAGUGAUGUGGCCCAUGGGCCUCUUGUUUUAUGUCCAAUGAAAACUUGCAUCUUCAAAGCUUUUGACUAUAAGGUCUUAAACAAAGAUGGUUGUCCAGCAGGUACAUGUUUCAUUUUACAAGCUGUAAUAGCCAGUUUAAUUAAUAAGUCACGAUCUUAAAACAAUUGUCAACAUUUUUUGUCAAUGUUACCCUUGAAGUACAAUAUUCACAUCGUCCUCUGGGUGAAUCGAUGUUAGGAGCUAAAUCAUAUUGACUGAGAAUAUGUCAAUAAUUGUAUAAUAUUGAUGAAAUGGUAAAUUAAAAUUUCUUUUUUUUUUCACUAGUGAGACUAAUGUCAUUUAUCAUUAUUUAGAUAAAUGCCUUUAAUCCAUGGGCAGGCGCGACAACUCCUGCGACCUUGUUCAACUCCAAUGAUCGUUUUGUCCUGGGUGCUUAGUGAUUCCCCGGGUUGGCCGCAGGGGUAGAUUUUAAUUUUAAAUGGAUUGUGCCAAACACUUGCCACCAAAUUUCACCGUUUCUAUGAUCCUUUCUGCAUCAUGGAUUAAUUGAUGCCCACCAAUGUGAAAAAAUUCUACAAUGAAAAAACCAGCCCCUGAAUUAUUUAUAUAGAGAUCUUACCUCACCGUAUUGUGAAACAUUGAUGUGACAGGUACUUUCUGUGACUAAGCACUUUAAAUGAAUAAAAUUCUGUCAUUAU